AUGAAGCUGACCACCCACAUCUACCUGGACUUGCUGGGAGUGGUGGAGCUGAUUGAAAAUAUCACGACCGUCGUGAAGGACAGGCUGGGGCUGGACAAACGCCGCAGCCAUGCGGAGCUGGCGGGCAAGACGGCCAUAGUCACAGGCGGCAACGCCGGGGUGGGCUACUCGACAGCGGAGGCCCUGGUGCGGCAUGGCGCCAACGUUGUGCUGGCCUGCCGCUCCGCCGACCGAGGCCGGGCCGCGGCAGAGCACCUGGCUGCUGCCAGCGGCGGCGCAGCCUCCUCCAGCACGCCCAGCGUGGAUGUGGAGCUGCUGGAUCUCGCCUCCCUGGCCAGCGUGCGGGAGUUUGUGCGGCGCUGGGCUGCCAGCGGCCGGCCCCUGGACCUCCUGAUCUGCAACGCGGGCAUCAUGUGCCCACCGGAGCGGGUGGAGACGCGCGACGGGUUUGAGCUGCAGUUCCAGGCGCGGCGGCACUGGGAGACCACGCUGCUCUGCUCGGGUGCAGCGUUGCCUGGGGCGGUGUCGCCUCGGCUGCCAAGUUGGGCAGCCUGGAUGGAUCUGAGCCGGCGGUGCUCCCGCUGCCUGGCCCCUGAGCAGAGCAACUACCUGUCCCACUUCCUGCUGGCCAACGCGCUGGUGCAGCACCACCAGCAGCAGCGGCGGCGGCGCAAGGGGCGAGGCGGCGGGCCGCUGCGGGUGCUCUUCCUCACCUCCAUGACCCACUUUGGCGCCGACCUGGCGUCUGACCUGGCAGACGUGCCGUACUGCCGCAACCAAAAGUGGCACUCCUUCCAGGCGUAUGCCAACAGCAAGAUGUGCACCCUGCUGGCUGCCAAGCACAUGGACAGCCUGUUUGCCAGGGAUGCGCGGCAGGACGCUGCCUGCGGUGCGGCGAGCCGGCGCGAUGCGGCGGUGGCGGUCCACCCAGGCCUGGUCGACACCUUCCUGGCGCGCGGCUACUUCAAGCAGACUGCGCCCCGCCUGCUGCGCCCGCUCACCGACCCCUUCUUCGACCACGUCUUCUGCCCUUACCUGCUGCGGAGCCCCGAGGCCGCAGCCGAGACUGUGCUGUAUGCCGCCGCCGCGCCGGCGGAGGAGGUGGGCGGGCGCUACUGCGGCACCGCACCUCGCGUGGGCGACUGCUCCAAGGCUGCUGAAGACCCAGCGCUGGCGCAGUGGGUGUGGAGCCUCGCCGCACACCUGUGCCAGCUGGGUCCCGACGAGCUGGUGGCGUGA